CAAUAUCCUAGCAUUUCUUGUGUACGUUUACGCAUGAACAAAGGAAAACACUAAUAAUUUGUCACCCGCACACAAAGACACAUUGCCAUUAUGUCAAUCUAAAAAAGAACCAGUGAAGUAAUUAAUUCCUCAUCCUCAAGCCAUUUUGCCUCAGCACCAUGUACUGAAGAUCAGUACAGAAUGAGAGUGUACAAUAAGUAGGGGACUCGUGGAACUUUUUUCCAAAAAUAGGUUCAAAUAAAUUGCGCCAAAUUUUUUUUUGCACAUUUUAUGUUCCUCAGGACGUGUAUCGCAAAGCGUCUGAAGCCAUGAGCAAGGAACGAGAAAGCAAUCGGAUGCGCAAAAGUUUGUCCAUGCCUACUAUUCCUGCUGCGACUGGAGUAGCAGCAAUUUCUUCCAAACCUCCAAUGGCAGAAAAAUCUGACGAUGACAAGUUAUCAAAAGCGGAUCUGCAACACAUAAAAUUCAUCCAGGCUCUAGCACGGAAAGUUUUGGCAGAAGAGGAACAGAAAAAGAGGAAAGCGGAGGCACUCAAUCGCUUAGCCCCUUUAGAGAAAGAGCUACAUUCAGAAGAGAGAAAUUUAGAAGCUGUUACGAGCCGUUUAACUCAGCUUCAAGUGAUCAAAGAAAAAAUAGAUGGUCUCGAAAUGGCUGAAAAGAAAUGUGACCAGUGUUUCCCCAUAUUGAAAAAAAUUAAUGUUAAUUUCAUAGAAAAUCUAUCUCAUGCUUUGCGAGUAAGCAAUUGCAAUUUAAAGGUUAAAAAUAUCAUCCUCCCUGAAAGUGAGGAAGACAUUAGUGAGCUGAUGCAGCUUGUAAAUAAUACUGUUAGACAAAUUGAAUCAUUGUGUCAAUGCGAAACAGAAGGUAGUUGCAGUAUACUAGAGUAUGCAAGCAUUAUUUCAGAAAUGGAAUCCCUUAGUGCAAAAAUUACUGAUAGUCAGGAAAAGAUCCCAAAUCUUGAGUGCAAAUUAGCAGACGUGAAUCUUGAACAUACUGCGAAGGAAAUAAUGUUAACAACGAAAAAACGUCAUACCAUGGUAAAGUAUGCUUAAUUUAAGUCGUGAAGUUUAAAAAAAAAAAAAUUAUAAUAAAUAUAAGUACCCAAGAAAUCUUUAUUUAAAAUCA